AUGGCGGCGGCGGGGGGUGCGGCGCUGUGGCGGCGGCUCUCGGCCUGGCUGCCGCGGGGCCGCCUGGGCCUGGCCGCGCUGCUCGGCCGCCUCUCGGAUCGCCUGUCCCGCGGCCGCGACCGCCGUGCUCGCAGAUCAUCAUGGCUUCUCCUAGCCCCAUUGCUCACCCCUUCUGUUCCUGUGAUCACAGCCCCACCUUGUUCCCUCUGUCCAGAAGGAGCACACAGGUUCCAGUGGAUUGGGAAUCUGGUUCCAGAGUUUGGAAUCUCCAGCUCACAUAUCAAGGUGCUUUCAUCCCCAGCUGAAUUCUAUGAACUCUUGAAGGUACAGAUAAAAUCAGCCAAGCAGCGAGUGGUGAUGGCUUCACUCUACCUGGGAACAGGGCUCCUUGAGCAGGAGCUGGUGGAUUGCUUAGAAGAAACACUGGAGAAAUCCUUCCAAGCAAAGGGAUCGUCUGACCUCAGAGUUUCCAUUCUUCUGGACUACACCAGAGGAUCUCGGGGUCGGAAGAAUUCCCGGACGAUGCUGAUUCCAUUGCUGCAGCGAUUUCCCGAGCAAGUCCGUGUGUCCCUCUUCCACACCCCAAAUCUGCGUGGGCUGCUCAGGCUCCUGAUUCCAGAGCGCUUUAAUGAGACCAUUGGACUGCAGCACAUCAAGGUCUAUCUCUUUGAUGAUAAUGUGAUCCUCAGCGGUGCAAACCUGAGUGAUUUGUACUUCACCAAUCGCCAGGACCGCUAUGUUCUCCUGCAGGACUCUCCUGAGAUCGCAGACUUCUUCACGGAGCUGGUGGAUGCAAUUGGAGACGUGUCCCUGCAAUUGCAGCGAGAUGAUUCAGUGCAGAUGAUGGAGGGGAUGGUGCACCCCUACCAGGGGGACAAGGUGGCUUACUGUGAGAUAGCAAAUCGGAAGGUCAUGGAGGUGAUCAACUCUGCCAGGACCCGGCAAGAGCUCCUUCAUGCAAAGACUUUCCACAGCAGCCAGCAAGGCAGCUCCUUGUUAUCCCAGAAGGGCUCUCAAGCAUCCAGGGAUCUGAAACCAGAACCCGACACCUGGAUCUAUCCCUUAAUUCAAAUGAAACCUUUUGGGAUUCAAAUAGAUGAGGUGGUCACGGAGACGCUGCUGACAGAGGCUGAGCGGGACGCCAGGAUAUACCUCACCACUGGCUACUUCAACCUGACCCAAGCGUACAUGGACCUCAUCUUGGGCACGAGGGCUGAGUAUCGGAUCCUCCUGGCCUCACCGGAGGUGAAUGGGUUUUUUGGUGCCAAAGGGGUGGCAGGUGCCAUCCCUGCUGCCUACGUUUACAUAGAACACCAGUUCUACAGUGAGGUCUGCUACCUCCACCAGCAGGAGAGGGUCCAGCUGCAGGAGUACUCGAGGGCCGGGUGGACUUUCCAUGCCAAAGGCCUCUGGCUGUACCUGGCAGGAAGUGAUCUUCCCUGCCUCACCCUCAUUGGCUCUCCUAAUUUUGGAUAUCGAUCAGUUCAUCGUGACUUGGAAGCUCAGGUCGCGAUAGUGACCGAAAACAAAGCUCUGCAGCAGCAGCUCCACCAGGAGCAGGAGCAGCUUUACCUCUGCUCAGGUGUAGUCUCAUCAUCAACAUUUGAGCAGCCAAAUCGUUACGUGAAGCUGUGGGUGAAGCUGGUAACACCUCUGAUCAAGAAUUUCUUUUGAAAGAAGAAAAGUUGCUGCUUUGGGUUAAAGGUCCAGACGUAGGUGGGACCUCGCGUUCGUGUCUUAUAGACAGGACAUUCGUAGAUGUUCUUGGUGUCCACGCGGUCCCCAGGGAUGGCUCUGAUGAGCAUGACUGGCAUCAUGGGCGUCAGCUCCUUCAGCCGCGAGUCUGCGAUCGUACCCGAGGAGAUGUCCCAGCGCGCACCUGCAAUGACACCACAGCGGCAGCGUCCUGGCUCUGCCCUGCCUGUGACACUGUGGGGUGCUCUCAUAGCUGCUGGGGGGAGGGAAGGAGCUGCUGUAGCAGCAGUCAGGGAGGGAGUUGCAGCCAUGGUUGGGACGAACAUGUUCUCAUCUCCCUGGGACUCAUGAAUGCAUUUUGCCUUAUACCUGUGGGAUGGCAAAUAAAUUCUGUCCCCACUCAUCCCCUCAGCAUGGGUUUGCAUGAACAGUGCAUGGCCCAGGGUGGCACUUGGCCGUGGUGGGAGCCAUGCUAAGCUGUCUGUGAAAUGGGCCCCUUUGGUGCUCUGCUGCCACUGCCCUCUCAUUCCCCCUUGCUUUUUAGCAGGAAUUAUUUUAGGUUCUGAGGUUCCUGAUUUGUCUUGCUCUCACAUCAAAUACAAUAUAAUACAUUUACUUUAGUAACCAUGUAGCUUCAGCCACCCCAGUCCCCAGGUUUAUGACACUCAAUUUCCAAACCCCAAGUGUCUGGUUUGUGACCGGGCGGGUGCUGCCCUCAGCUGGUGUGUCCCGGGACUCAGAGUGUGAGCCUGGACUCAAGGCUCUGCUGCAUACCAAGGGCUGUGCACAUGGGAGUAAACCAGUGAGUAGCAACAGCCUGAAGGAUUUUUAAGGCUGCACUGGCCUUUCUCCAGGUCUCAGCCAUCUAAAGGAUGCAGUCUUUUACCUUCCAUGAACAAUCCAUGCACGUAGGAGCCUUCUCGGGGCGGUGCUGUUAUCUCCUCAUGGUUUUUCGUGGUCACGUCCACUGCGAGGCACAUCUUGUCCAGUGGCCACUCAUUUUUCCUGGCCAUGGACUGCAUGAUGGCCGUGAGGAAGGACUGGGGGUUGAAGAAUCCUGCCAGCCACACUGUUGCAGGCAGCACAAAGUCUGUUGUCCACACUUCCAGUUCCUGAAAAAUAAAAUUAGCAGAGAGUGAAAUGUGUGCUUUGAGGAGCAGAACAGCGCUGGGAGCAGGGACAGACAGAGGUGAUGCUUCACAGGCCCCUACACAAAUGUCUAGCAUCUUCUAGCCGGGGACACGGGGCUGGAGGUGGGUAGUAGUGAAUCAGUGGCAGCCUCCUCUGCAGCAAUGGAGCUGAACCCUUCACGUGGUUCGCAGGAGAUGCUGCUGUUAUUUUUUUAGCAAAGGUACAUUUAAAUAGAUGGUUUUAUGAAUGAUUUUUUUUCUUCUGAGGCAUAUAAAGCUCUGACGGGGUUAACGAUGUUCUUUCUUUGGAAAUGGUGAUAUACUCUAAUGGGGAACCCUUCUCAAACCUCUGCUGUUGUUCUUGGGUAAGAGGCCACUGCAGGUAAAUCCAAUGGCUUAAUAUUGAAAAAUAAAGCAGUCAACCACUGUACACCGAUGGAGGUGA